AGCUGUCCUGUUUAAUUGGGACCUCGGGGAAGCUGUUCCCAUUCUUCAGCCAGCUUUAAUUAAUGAAUCAAACAAUUUAUGAAUAGGAAGACCUUGACUAACUCCCGGUUUUAUUUCCUUUCUGCUCCCCCAGGUAAUUUGGAGCGACGCUUUGUGAAGGUCCCUGUAAAAAAGAAUCAUCUGGCUGCUUGUUUUCUGCAGGGUCAGUUCUACAAAUGCUGGGAGCUGGUAAAACACUUAAAUACUCACGUCAGCAGCUCCUGAGAUGCUUCCAAAGCCCUGCAGCCAGGAUUAACACCUCUGGAAAUGCGGCUGCUUUUACCCCGAUGCUUCAUUUUACCAACAGGGCAAGUACCGACGUUUUGCAUCUUCUUUGGGCUGAUAAAACAUCGGGGAUGAGUCUGGAAAAGGCCACAUUCUGUGUGUCAAAAUGAUGUGCCGAACGUAGCGCAUCCAGCGGGAAACGACAGCGCCGGGCUGACUCGUAUCAUGUCACCGAGUUCAGAUGUGACAGGGGAUUUCUGCAACUCAAGUCGUGCUGACACUCAGGUCCCCGUUUAUUUCGACAGCGAGUGAUUUAACUUCCUAAGUACAUCAGGCAAGUCCUGUAACUGAAGACAGAAUAACAUUUGCUUGUUAAAAUGGCUCCACGUACAGCAGCACCACGAAGUGAAGGAUUCAAGGCAAGUCCUCAAAGCCCCACGUCGCUCCCAGCCGGCGCGGACGCAGAACGCGCUCCCACAUUUCAUGAGCUUCAGCCUCACCCCACAGUCAUUUAUUUUCCAGUCCUGUGUGGCACUUGAGCUGAGCAGAGUGGGCAGAGUUGAAUUUAUUGGAGCAUUUUCUAUUUUUCCUCGGUUUUCUCUGCAGAAGGCGAGGGAGGCUCUGUUCUUCCAGCUCUAACAAAGCAGCACGCUUGUCUGGAGGAGAUCAAUAACUAUCGAACUAUUGUGCUUCCUCCACUUAAAGCUGUUGAAGCAGGUUCCUUUAAUUGUUCUUUCACACUGUAAAUACAGCGUAUGGUGAAAUAUUUUCCAUUGAAGCUGCUCAGCGGGUUGUGCCACCCGGGGGUGGAAAGACCUCGGCUACUUCAGCUGUAACAGCCCUGGGGGCUCUACCCGAAUUCCGUGACACGUUUCAUCGGCGAAGGACAAAAAGCCCACUCAGGGUUUUCAAUUGUCGUUUGGCCUGGCCACAAGUGCCUUAGCUGUUAAGGAGGAAAAUUCCUAUUGUCCUGCGAGAGGUGAAUUUGCAGCGCUGAGCGACGUUGCUCCUCUUGCUUAUGGAGCGGUGCUGAGGGAUAACCAGUAAAGGUCGGAUGGCGCUUGGCUUCGCCAGUGAAAAACCGACAAGGGGAAGGUGCUGGAGCUGCAAUUGUGGAAAUUUGCGCUGAACGUGAGUUUUGGGCUGGAAAAUAUUUGCUGCUCUCAAGAUUUUGACCUGCGGAUGGGGAACAUGGGGUCUCCCGCUACCGAAAAGGGGGCAGCAAGGCCACCUGGCCACCCCGGCACUGAGACGCUGGAGGAGAAACCCAAGCAAGCGGCUGCAAAACAGAGCGACGUUGAUCUUUUAGUCCCAAGAAGAGCAACCAUUUUGUUUUGCUAGAGAUCUCGGGGCUUCAUUUAUCCGUCCUGCUUGGAAAGUCUCUACCCUUGGAUUUCUCACUUGAUUUAAAACAUUUUACUUGCGUGUGUGCGCUCACAUCUCUUCUCUCUGCGUCUCAUCUUGAAGCGAUGGAGUAAUAAUGAGGCGCUUGGUUUCAAACUGCGUUUGUGAUCUUCAACUCUCGCAGCUUUUCAAGUGACGAAGAGGAAAAAGGAGCCGAAAGAGGACGGAGCCCGCGAUGGCAGAGAAGUGCGACUGCAUCGCCAGCAUGUACGGGUACGACCUGGGCUGUCGUUUCGUUAAUUUUCGCCCCUUGGGUUUCGGAGCCAACGGGCUGGUGCUGUCGGCCCUCGACAGCAAGAGCUGCCGCAAAGUGGCCGUGAAGAAGAUCACCAUCGGCGACGCGCGCAGCAUGAAACACGCUUUCCGGGAGAUCAAAAUCAUCCGCCGCCUGGACCACGAUAACAUCGUGAAGGUCUACGAGGUGUUGGGGCCCAAGGGGACGAACCUCCGUGGGGAUUUUUUUAAGUUUAACAUGGUUUACAUCGUCCAGGAAUACAUGGAGACGGACCUGGCGCGGUUGCUGGAGCAGGGGAAGCUCGCCGAGGAACACGCCAAGCUCUUCAUGUACCAACUGCUGCGGGGGCUCAAAUACAUCCACUCGGCCAACGUCCUCCACCGCGACCUCAAACCCGCCAACAUUUUCAUCAGCACCGAGGAUUUGGUGCUGAAAAUCGGCGACUUCGGCCUGGCCAGGAUCGUGGAUCAGCAUUACUCGCACAAGGGUUACCUUUCCGAAGGUUUAGUAACAAAGUGGUAUCGCUCCCCUCGCCUCCUCCUCUCGCCAAACAACUACACCAAAGCCAUCGAUAUGUGGGCGGCCGGUUGCAUCCUGGCCGAGAUGCUGACGGGGAGGAUGCUCUUCGCCGGGGGUCAUGAGUUGGAACAGAUGCAGCUUAUUCUGGAGACCAUCCCCGUGAUCCACGAGGAAGACAAAGAGGAGCUGCUCAAAGUGAUGCCCAUGUUCAUCAACAGCACGUGGGAAGUGAGGAAACCGCUGCGCAAGCUGCUCCCCGAGGUGGACAGUGAAGCUAUCGAUUUUCUGGAGAAAAUACUGACAUUUAACCCCAUGGAUCGAUUAACGGCGGAGAUGGGGCUGCAGCAUCCUUACAUGAGCCCGUAUUCCUGCCCCGAGGACGAACCGGUGUCUCAGCAUCCCUUCCGGAUCGAGGACGAGAUCGAUGAUAUUUUACUGAUGGAAGCCAACCAGAGCCAGAUGUCCAACUGGGACAGGUAUCACGUGAGCCUCUCCUCCGAUUUGGACUGGAGACACGAUAAAUACCACGAGAUGGACGAGGUUCAGCGAGACCCCCGGGCGGGAUCUGAAUCCAUCGCUGAAGAAGCUCAAGUUGAUCCCCGGAAAUAUUCCCAAAGCAGCUCGGAGAGGUUCUUGGAAUUAUCCCACUCGUCCAUGGACCGAGUAUUCGAUGCCGAUUGUGGGAAAUCGUGCGAUUACAAAGUGGGGUCACCAUCCUACUUGGACAAAUUGCUGUGGAGAGACAAUAAGCCCCAUCAUUACUCAGAACCCAAGCUCAUUUUAGAUUUAUCCCACUGGAAAAGAGCGACCAUAGCGCCCGCGGCCGAGCUAUCGCUGGAAGAAGAACCAUCCAACCUCUUUCUGGAGAUCGCUCAGUGGGUGAAGAGCACGCAGGUGGGUCUCGAGUGUUCCAAUCCUCUUCCGGAGCUUCAGGAACGGAACGCUCCGUCUCCUCCUCACCGGCUCCGCAAAGAACCCGCGGAGGCCACCAGCGAAACAGACCCCGAGUUCGACUUGGACGUCUUCAUCUCCAGGGCGCUGAAACUUUGCACGAAACCCGAAGAUCUUCCAGACAACAAGCUCAGCGAUAUCAACGGGGCUUGCAUAUCGGAGCACCCCGGGGAGAUCGUACAAACAGAGGUGUACCAGAAAGAGCGAUGGUGAGGAACGCGCGCCGUGGCUCCCCGUUCCUCGCCGACGCCGUGGCCGUUGCCCGGGGCUGAGUGGCUUCCGCCUGUCGUUUUUAUUACGCUCUACCAAACGCCUUUCUCUGCAAAGGCCAAGCACAAACCACGUGCCCCUUUUGAUGCCUUAGAAAUGUCUUUAAGGGAAUCAAGAGGUGUGAUUGAAAUAUUGAGUUUCUUCUACUGCCUUAACACGCUUGCCUUGCAAUCUCUGGGACCUGUUUGAAACGUAAAUGUACAAGGGAACGGCGACGGCACAUGAGAAGUUUACAAACAGGAGUCAAAUCAACUUCUUUUCCUUUCUUUUUCUCUAAAAUCUUAGACCGACGAGGACAAACUCAGCGUUUUCGUUAUGGUCAAACCCUCCUGGUUUGACGGGUUCCCAAAAACACCCAACUUGGAGCGAUUAGGAGGUACCGGUGCGACCACAAGCGCUACGGGGAGAAGCGACACCGGGCAGCGUCCGUCAGGCACCAGAGAACGAAACUACAGGGAGAAUUUGCCCAUCAAACAGAAAAGAACUCUGAAGAAAUUCGACCUACAAAUUACGGGCCACUUGGGAUUUUAUUCCUAUUUUUCCAAUUGUUUCUUUUAUUUGUUCUAAGCGCGUUCUCCUCGUUGGGUUUCUCACCCGUAGCUUCUCGCUCCUGUCGCACGAGGUGGAUCCGAGCUCUCCGAGUACUCAGGAGGCCCCGUACGACGCGUUUUGGUGGAACAACCUGAGUUCCAUCACCCUUCUCCGGAAGAUCCUGGUGUCAACGGGCGACCGAGAGCGGUUUGUAAAUAGACGCAACUGAUCUACUGUAGCUUCUGUUUUCAUCCACACUUCGGAGCACCUUAAAGAGUUUGGAUACGGGAGAAAUGUUGUAUAUUUAAUCCAACUCGGCGGGUUUUUUUCAACGGAAAACCUGUAAAUAGCGUUAGAAAAGCCAAUCUCUGCUUUUUUCGCUGUGCUCUCCGGCACGCCGGCGCUACUUCCAUUUGUAACAGAGAAACUACUGUACUUAGUAACCCCAAGGUCAGUAUUUAACUAUUAUUAUUCCGAGAUUAAUUAUUUCUACCCUUUCAAUGAGCAAUCUACUAGUAAUAAAUAUUCUGCGACGCGAAGAAAACUCCUGUGGGACUGGGAUGGUGACCAACAGCAACAUUUACCGUCUUAACCCUGGUUUCUAUUCGUGGUGGGAUCAGGUGGAGGUUUAGAGCUUGCGCUAAGCGUCGAGAAACCCAAAAACUUGUAGGUCUGUCCUUAAAUGGAUGGAAACACCGUUAAUCCCGACGAUGAGGCUGCGUGGGUGGGAUGGGGUGGAAAUCCUGGGGCAGGCGGGGAGAAGAUAUUUGGGAGGUGAAGACAUCUGGAAGGCAAAGCCAUUGGAGAGAACAUCUGGAAGGCAAAGCCGUUGGAGAAAACAUCUGGAAGGCAAAGCCGUUGAGUUCUGGUCUUUGCUUUGAGUGUUUGGAUGUUUAGGAAGGGGAAACGAGGGAGAAACCGAGGGUUUGGUUUCCAGUGCGUUGCGGAUUAUGAAUAUACCUCAAUUAAAGCUCAGCACUUUUCCUGACGGCGGGAGAGAUUCAGACGCCGAAGAAGCGGCGGAGAGGAUGCGAAUCCGGCGCCGUGGUCCCGCUCGGCUUCGCCGUGUGCGCGGCGGUUGGGAAUGGAAUUGUCGGCGCUCCAGCGUGUUCCUGGAGAACAGGAGGAGGUGGCAGCAGCCACAGUUGUGUCCCCUCGCUCCCCGGUGCCGCCCCGCCAAGAGCAGGUAAAACCCAACGUGAGACACACAAACAGAAGCAUCAACUCGAAACCGAUGUCUGGCAGCCGACCGGGUUUUUAUAACGUGAAGGAUGCGAUCGGCGACGCGAGAGGCGACUUAAAACUCUCCGCUGCCGGUGCGUCAAACACAGAGACGCGCCCACUCGUGACGUCGGCAGCGAUCGAACCGCAUCUGAAACCAGAAGCCAUUUGCUUUGGGUUGGCGCGUUCAGCCCCAACAUCUUCACCAGAGACGCGCGGGACUAUUUAUGAUAUUACGGCCAUGAAAAGAACAGUUUUGCUUUUGAAUCUUGUCUUCUAGGGGGGAGUGGGAGCUUGGGGCCCCACACUUAAAGUCUAAUAUUGACUUUUCGAGCUUCUUGCCGCUGCUCUGAUUUGCCAUCUCGAUUCACGAGCUGUUAUUUAACGUUGUUUCCAGAACGUCGGUGUCCCAUGCUGGGAAAGGCGGGGAGCGAAAGGGGUGGUUUUAAUUUGUGCUCAGCCAGUCACAAGCCAGAUUUAUUCCUCAUCAACAACAAUAAAAUUUAAGGCCUGAGCCUUCUUUA